CGAUCAGCGAACGGUUGAGCCAUGGAUUUAUUUAGCUGUUUGCUGCUGUGCCUGGGAAUUAUUUCAUUACCCAAUGUGGUGUUUACGAUUUGCAUUCCGCCCAAUCACUGCAUUGAAGAUAUGGAGGAUAGCGAUGCGAAAGAGCGUUUCGACUAUGUACUUGGCAAAUAUGAGGAGGUGGACAUGAAAAUUCCCGGAAAACCAGUUGGUUUGCAUGGGAAAGUGGUUACGCAUGGCGAGGCGGAGGAGCAGCACUUGGUGUUCCAGUACAUGGACAAUACGCUGCAUGACAUCAUCCAGACGUGUGCGUUUGUGGUAAAGCGGAAUCCCGGUGAGUGCGAGAACAUCCGCACCUACUGCUCGGCCUUUUUGAGCCGCCUGCCACGCCCCCUGCUGGAGCGCCAGCCCAUCAACGUGUGUGACGAUGGGACGCGGGUGGCGGAGGACGAGCCGGAAACGGAAGCGGAAGACAACCCGGAUGCAGAUGCUCAGGGGGAGGCUGAUCCGCAGCAGGAGCAGGGAGUUGGUCAAGCGGAGACCACAACAGCGGAGCCGGCCAGCUCCAAAUUAAGUGAAUUUUACUGAGUGGGGUGCAAUGCCAUCCUGCGGUUUGCUCAUUCAUCUCGACAUUUAACUGGCAAUUAAACGCACAAUUCUAAAAUAAGUGCGUAAGUAAGUGCAAUUGAGAUUAAUUUUCUUUGACAUUCAAUUAUCCGUUUUAAAUCUCCCAUGUUUCAUGUUUUCAGUAUUAAAAACUAUAUUAUAC